CAGACACGCUCUUUUUCAAACAUGGCGGAGAAUGAGUUACUUGCCGAGGAGUCGGAGGAGCAAAUAAACGAAAAUGAAGAGAAAGAAUCACCAAAAACAUUCAAGGAUUUGGGGGUGACCGAAGUACUGUGUGAAGCUUGUGAGCACCUGGGGUGGAAGUCUCCUACAAAAAUUCAGAUAGAAGCAAUUCCUGUAGCCCUUCAAGGUCGAGACAUAAUUGGCUUGGCAGAGACUGGCUCAGGCAAAACUGGUGCUUUUGCUCUGCCCAUCCUCCAAACACUCUUGGAUACACCACAGAGACUUUUUGCCCUGGUUCUGACCCCUACAAGAGAACUGGCGUUUCAAAUUUCUGAGCAAUUUGAGGCUCUAGGCUCUUCAAUAGGGGUUAAAAGUGCUGUAAUUGUGGGUGGAAUUGACAUGAUGUCACAGUCUUUGGCUCUUGCGAAGAAACCACAUGUUAUAAUUGCAACCCCAGGGCGUCUUAUUGAUCACUUGGAGAAUACCAAAGGAUUUAACUUGAGAGCUUUGCGUUAUCUGGUCAUGGAUGAGGCUGACCGUAUUCUCAACAUGGACUUUGAGACUGAGGUAGAUAAGAUUCUUAAGGUUAUUCCACGUGAUCGGAAAACAUUCCUGUUUUCAGCAACUAUGACCAAAAAGGUUCAGAAGCUACAGCGUGCUGCUCUGAAGGACCCUGUUAAAUGUGCUGUCUCAACAAAAUAUCAAACUGUGGAAAAACUACAACAGUACUAUUUGUUUAUUCCAUCUAAAUUUAAGGAUUGCUAUUUGGUAUAUAUUCUUAACGAGUUGGCAGGAAACUCAUUCAUGAUUUUCUGUAGCACAUGUAACAAUGCUCAGCGAGUUGCCCUUAUGCUCCGGAGUCUUGGAUUCACUGCGAUUCCACUUCAUGGACAAAUGAGCCAGAAUAAACGUUUGGGUGCUCUAAAUAAAUUCAAAGCCAAGACACGAUCAAUUCUGCUGGCAACAGAUGUGGCUUCUCGUGGAUUAGACAUACCACAUGUGGAUGUUGUCAUCAACUUUGAUAUACCCACACACUCCAAGGACUAUAUCCAUAGAGUGGGACGAACAGCAAGAGCUGGAAGAUCAGGCAAAUCAAUCACUUUUGUUACACAGUAUGAUGUAGAGUUGUUCCAGAGAAUAGAGCACCUGAUUGGUAAGAAACUGCCUGCAUUCCCAACACAAGAGGAAGAAGUCAUGUUACUGGUGGAGCGAGUGAGUGAAGCGCAGAGAUUUGCACGGAUUGAGCUAAGAGAGGCUAUUGAGAAAAGAAAGAGACCACGGAAUGAGGGCAAAGAUGAAGAUGACACUGAACAGUCCUCUGGUGUGAGAAAUAAAAUAGCAGGAGGGAAGAAAAGCAGAAGAAAAGGCCGGAUACAUUAACAGAGCCAUGUGAUGACCAUCACAGAGUCUAACAACACCUUCUCAAUUUCUAUGAAAUAGUUUCCAAAUGGUUUUGGCACCAUUUUUCUGAAUAGAAUUGCACAGAUAAUUUUAAAGUUUACGAUCUUCUUUAUUUAUUGCAUGACAUUUGGAGGUCUGUGACUCUGUAAACUUUGAUGGAUUAUUUUGGAAAUCGGUCUGAAACAGCUGCAACUGUUCAUUGUCCUAACACAGUAAGAAAAAUCCAGAAAUUAUGUUUGCAAGGAUCAGUAUAACAAUGACAUUUUUAAGCUUCUUCUCAUGUUCAACGGAACUAAAUUGACUGAGUUAUCACUGAAACCUA